GCUCCGGGCGCGCGGCGAGCGCGCGGGGCGGUGCUGGGCGCGGCGAGGGGCGCGGCCCCGGCCCGGGAAGUGGCGGCGGGGUAGACGCCGCGGACCCCCGGCCUGGCAGCGCGGAAGCGCUGUCCGAGGCCCGCAGCUGGGGAGGGGCUCCCUCAUCGCGCUGGCGACUGAGAGCUGUUUUAUUCCGCGAAGAAUUUCGGUUACUAGAAGAAAUGGCUAAUCAUCGUCCACCAAGUUUUUUUAUAGAAGAACUUAAUGUAUACUGUCAGAAGCACAACAUGGUACUUAAGUAUCAGGAGCUGUCUAAGACAGGACCUCCACAUAACUUAAGGUUUAAAUACCAAGUUAUCAUAGAUGAGAAAGAAUAUCCAGAAGCUGAAGGUAAAUCGAAGAAGGAGGCCAGAAAUGCUGCAGCCAAAUUGGCAAUUGAAAUACUUAAUAAAGAAAACAAGGCAGUUAGUUCUGUAUCACUGCCAACAACACAUUCAUCAGAAGGAUUAGGAUUAGGAUCCACUGGGAAUUUCAUAGGCCGUAUCAAUAGGCUUGCCCAGAAGGAACAACUGUCUGUAAAUUAUGAACAAUGUGAACUGAAAGAACCUGGGCCUGAAAGAUUUCAUUAUAGAUGCAAAAUUGGACAGAAAGAAUACGGUAUUGGUGUAGGUAGUACUAAGCAAGAAGCCAAACAGUCAGCUGCUAAGCUUGCGUAUGAGCAGAUACUUUCAGAGAAAACCUCAAUGAAAGCUGACUCGGUAUUAGCUGGUUCUUUGAUUACUUCGCCUGGUGACUCUGGAAGCAACACUUUGGUGAAAAGCAUAUCUGCUCCUGAAUCACCAUCUGAAAAUGAUUUCUUGGAAAAUUCAUCAGGAGGAAGUUGUGACAGGGGCCGUGUAAACAAUUCUUCAUCUCCUAUGGACAAUGUCAGAAAUAGUGAAAAGAAGGUGAAAAGAAGUUUGGCACCUACAUUUAACUCUCCUGUGACAAAAGACAGCAGGUGUUCUGUGGAACUCAGGUUUACCAGCGAUUUUACAGAAAUAGAACCGAUUGGUUCAGGUGGAUAUGGCCAAGUUUUCAAAGCAAAACACAGAAUUGAUAGGAAGACUUACGUUGUUAAACGUGUUAAAUAUGAUAGCGACAGGAAGGCAGAGCGUGAAGUAAAAGCUUUGGCAGCUCUCAAUCACCCAAAUAUCGUUCACUACUACAGCUGCUGGUUUGGCGAUGAUUACCAUUCUGUGGACAGCAUUAACACUUCAAGACCAAAGACUAAGUGCCUUUUCAUCCAAAUGGAAUUCUGUGGUAAAGGGACAUUGGAGCAAUGGAUUGACAGCAGAAGAGGCCAGACACCAGACAAACAUUUGGCUUUGGAAUUGUAUGAACAAAUAACAGCAGGUGUGGAUUAUAUACAUUGCAAACAGUUAAUCCAUAGAGACCUUAAGCCAGGUAACGUGUUUUUGGUAGAUACAAAACAAGUAAAGAUAGGAGACUUUGGACUUGUGACAUCCCUGAAAAAUUACGCAAAUCGGACAAGGAAUACAGGAACUCUUCGAUACAUGAGCCCAGAACAGAUUUCUUUACAAGAAUAUGGAAACGAAGUGGACAUCUUUGCUUUGGGGCUAAUUCUCGCGGAACUCCUUUACAUAUGUCCCACUGUUUCAGAAACAUUACAGAUUUUUAAAGAGCUAAGGGACGGCAAGUUCUCAGAUGUAUUUGAUGGCAGAGAAAAAAUUCUUCUGCAAAAAUUACUGUCACCUGAACCCACGAAACGGCCUCAUGCAUCUGAAAUACUGGAGACUUUGAAGGAGUGGAGGAAUGUAAAAGAGAAUAAGAAACGAAGCACAUGUUAGAGCUCUUCUAAAAAAAGUAUCCUGCCUUGGAUAUUCAAUUUUUCUAUAACUGUCUAAAAUCUUCUAGGGACACCUAUUGGGUAUUUACCUUCUAUUUUUAUUUUCCUCUUAAUUUUUCACUAAAUUUUAAGAAGGUUUGAAUCUUUUUUUUUUUUUUUUUUUUUACUUCAAAAACAUUCAGACACUUUUCCUGAGCUUAUCUUCUUAUUAUAAACAUAGGGGAGAAUAUCUCUCAAAUUUUUAAAAUAUUAGCAAAUCAAUUAAUAUUCAUUAAAUGUCCACUGUUUCUAGGCCAAAAAUAUAUGAGAUAUCUCACUGUUUGAAAUAGCUAAUUUAGAGAAAUAUGGUACUCAUAAGAAGAUAAGUGAUAUACAAUCACUUUGGAAAACAAUUUGGUAUGAUCUGGUAAAGUUGAAGGUGUAUAUACCCUCAAAGCCAUCAGUUUGGUUCCUACAUGCUUGCCUACCAGAAUGUUCAUAGAAACCUUGUUCAUAACAGCCAAAAGAACAAAAAACAACGUACAUCACAAGAAGAAUGGAUAAACUGUAUUUUUUCAUACAUUGUAAUACUAUAUAGCAGUGAAAAUGAACGAAUUAUAUAGCUAAGUGCAAUAACAUGAUACAUCUCUGAGGAACAUAAUGUUAAGCCAACAAAGCCAGUUACAGAAAACAUAUACAGAAUGAUUCUAUUUACAUAAAGUUCCAGACCAUGCUAAAUGAAAUACUUUGUUUAGAAAUCCAAACAAAUGUGGUAAAACAAUAAAGGGAAAGAGAGGAAUAAGAAAUUCUACAUUUUGAUGGUGGUUUUCUGAGGAGGGAUGGAAGUGGUGUGAUAGGGGAAGUAAACUUCAAAGAUAACAGUUCACUUUGUUUUAAGUUUAUUUAUUUAUUUACUUUGGAGAGAGAGAGAGGAGAGAGAAUUCCAAGCAGGCUCUACACUUACAGCAUGGAGCCAGAUGUGGGGCUCGAACUCCUGAGACACGAGAUCAUGACCUGAGCCAAAGUCAAGAGUUGGAUGCUUAAGCAUCAUGACUGAGUCACCCAGGCAUUCCUCACUUUUUUUGUCUUAAAUACAUUUUGUAUCUAUUAGAACACUUUAAAGAGAUAACCGUGCUAGAAGGCAGUAGGUAAGCACAGAGAAGAAUCAGUCUGGAGAAGUUUCCAGGAGAUCACUUUCUACUGAGGUAUCAUGGCAUACAGCUUAGAAGUGGCAUUCCAGUGAGACUUCUAAGUAGGCUAGGGAUUUAGACAAGUAGUGAGGAGCAAAUAUGGGCAGGAGUCUGGACAAGAGCCAUGGCUUGAGUUCUGGAAAAGAUACACCUAAGAAUGUUGGGUAUACUUUGUUUCCCUGAAUUGCUGGAGAGAAUACCAGAAGAUAAUUUGGAUGACAUCUUGGAAAAAAACCUGAGGGAAAAAACCUGUCAUAUAAUUUUACAGUUUUUAAAGUGAGCCAAGUUUAGGCUAGGCAGAAAAGUCACAGAGAAAGGCUUUUAUGAAGGCUAUUUCUAUUUCUAAAAAGUUAUUGAAGGCAGUUAAUAUGGUUUUCAACUCUCAAUGCAGUAUUUGAUCAAGGCAAGGUUUAUCAAUGGAGGGUAAAACCAUUGGUUGAAAAGGUGUUGGGGAACAAGAUCUUCAAAGGAUUUAAAUAUAAUCCCACAGAUGAUAUAUCAGUUACAAGGGGGAAAGGGAAAUGUACCUUUACAAUGGAAAGACCUUCUGGUCUCCUUAAUAACCAUGUGAUUAAAUCAACAUCACUGAAGGUGGGACUGACUACCUAAUAUUAUGCCUCUCCUGAUGUAAGAGUUAUGUACUAUCACCUAUUUCGUUUUCUUGCCAAAGAAUUUAACUGGAACUCAAUCAUGAAGAAAUUAUUAGACAAAUCCUGAAUUAAGUCAUUCUAUAAGAUAAUUACCUUGGGCUUCUCAGAAAGUCAAUAUCACACACAAAAAAGUAGAGGAAGUAUUCUAAAUAGAGACUAGAGAGGUAUAAUGACCAAAUGUGAUACUUGAACCUUGAUUGUAUCUUGGAUGUUAAAAAAAAAAAAGAGAUAAAAAAAAAAAAAACAAACCUGGAGCGCCUGGGUGGCUCAGUGGGUUAAGCGUCUGACUUUGGCUCAGGUCAUGAUCUCAUGGUCCAUGAGUUCAAGC